CCUCGUGGGGAAGAGAAGAUUCUUUCUCAUUAGUAAAAAAAGACCAAAUAUCCUUUCUGCAAAAUGGGUCCUCUGAAAGUGACUCUAACGUACUCAUUAUAAUAACACAAAUAGCACUGUACUGACACCAUUUCAACACUAUUCACUUCUCCACCAUGUCAAACGCCGUCGUUUUCUUCCUCCUCCUCAUCACAAUCUCCCACUCCACAAUCCUCCUCCCCAGUCAACACCACCGCGACUCGCUCACCUCAUCAUCCACAACUUGCCCCGCGCCUGACCCCAAUCUCUACCACCGCCCGGUUAUCGGAAUCCUCACUCACCCCGGCGACGGUGCCACCGGCCGCCUCAGCAAUGCUACCGACGUUUCCAACAUCCCCGCCUCUUAUGUUAAAUUCGUCGAGGCUGCAGGUGCUAGAGUUAUUCCCCUCAUCUCUACUGAGCCACAUGAAACACUUCUCAAGAAGCUUGAAUUGGUUAAUGGCGUUCUCUUCACCGGUGGAUGGGCUAAAGAUGGUCCAUAUUUUGAAUCUGUCAGAAUAAUAUUUAAGAAAGCUUUAGAGAAAUAUGACGCCGGUGACUAUUUCCCAAUAUAUGGCAUCUGCUUAGGCUUCGAACUUAUAACGAUGAUAGUAAGCGAGGACAAUAAUAUUCUUGAAGAAUUUGCAGCAGCAAAUGAGGCAAGUAGCCUUCAGUUUGUGGAGAAUACAAAUAUAGAAGGAUCUGUAUUUCAAAGAUUUCCUCCAGACUUGAUAAAGAAAUUGAGUACAGAUUGUCUCAUCAUGCAAAAUCAUCAUUAUGGCAUAUCACCAUCAAAGCUCCUGGCCAAUGAAAAGUUAUCUAGUUUUUUCGAGAUCUUGACAACUUGCACCGAUGGAAAUGAUAAGGUUUAUGUUUCCACAGUACGUUCACGUAAAUAUCCAGUGACUGGCUUCCAAUGGCAUCCAGAGAAAAAUGCCUUCGAAUGGGGCUCAGCGAAAAUUCCACACACAGAGGAUGCCAUUCGGGUAACUCAGCAUGUUGCAAAUUUUUUGGUCAGUGAAGCGAGGAAAUCCUUAAACAGACCAGUUGCUCGGGAAGUGUUAGACAAUCUCAUUUACAAUUACAAACCCACUUAUGGUGGAAAGGCAGGGAAAGGAUAUGAUGAAGUUUAUCUAUUUGAAUAAAUCUAAAUGGCGGCGAUAUCACUGCGCAUGAAAAUUUGGUGUAUUUUUGCAUAGUUGUAUUGGUGUUGUGCGAGUUUGGGCACUCGUCAAACCCAAAAUUUGCAGCUUUUAUGUUGAAUGUGCAUCCGAAUACACGAAAACUGGUGAAUGACUGUUGUAUUAAUGAGUAUGUAUCCAUUAGUAUGUAUGCACAAUAAUUGUUGUAUAAGAAAUUGUACUAAAAGACAUGCUUAUUGGAUUA